AUGUUCCCUGACAGGACCAUUACAAAGAUUUCUUGUUCUACUUGGGGAGGAAAGUGGGAGAGGGCCCUGGGAUUAGAAGGGCCCCAUGGAGCCUUUGUGCAGCCGAGGGGUUUACAGGAGCUGCUGCAUGGGAAAGAAGCCUGGUGUGCAGAUUGUGGGAAGAGCUUUAACCUGAGCGCCUGUCUCAUCAGACACCUGAGAACCCAUACUGGCGAAGGCUUCAAGAAGAGCUCGGACCUGCUCACGCAUUGCAGGACACACACUGGGGAGAAGCCCUGCCACUGCAGUAGGUGUGAGAGGAAGUUUGGCUACAGCUCGACACCCAUCAAACAUCAGAGAACCCACUCGGGAGACAGACCCUACACGUGCCCUGAGUCAGAGAGCUUUCAUCGAAGCUCAAAUUUCAUCACUUACCAGAGGGUCCGCAUGGAGGUAAAGCCUCACAGGUGUGACAGCUCUGGGGACAGUUCUGACCAGAGCUUGGACCUGAUCAAGCACCAGCGAACCCACACAGGACAGCGGCCUUCCCAGUGCCCAAUGUGCAGCAAGGGCUUCCGGGACAGCUCUCGUUUUGGAGCUCACGUGAGUAUUCACUCAGGAGAACGGCCUUUCAGUUGUCCCGACUGCCACAAGAGUUGCAGUCAGAGCACACAUCUGGUCACACACCAGAGGACACACACAGGUGAGAGGCCUUUCAAGUGCAAGGACCGUGGGAAAGGAUUUGCGCACAGCUCUCCCCUCAUCAAACACCUGAGUCACCUGGGAGGCAGACCUUACAUGAGCUUCAGCCAGAGCACUCACUUCACCACGAACCAACGCAUCCACUUAGGGGACAGACCCUACCGAUGUCCGAUGUCUGAGUGUGGCAAACCCUUCAACCAGCGUUCCCUUUUCCUCACGCACCAGAGGACACAUACCGGAGAAAGGUUCCAUUGCAGUGUGUGUGACAAGAACUUCCGGCAGAAGGCACAUCUCUUGUGCCAUCAGAACACCCACUCGGUUUAG